GCUAAGCCCCCCCCCGACUCAGGUAGAGGAAGAGACAGAGCCGAGUUGACAUGAGUUUGACUGAGAAAGACAAGGCCGCCGUCAAGGCGCUGUGGGCCAAAAUCUCCAAGUCAGCGGAUGCGAUUGGGGCUGAUGCUGUGAGCAGGAUGCUCACCGUCUAUCCCCAAACUAAGACCUACUUCUCCCACUGGAAAGACCUGAGCCACGGCUCUGCCCCGGUGAAGGCCCACGGGAAGAAGGUGAUGACCGGAGUCGCGCAGGCUGUGUCCAAGAUUGACGACCUGACCAAGGGCCUGCUGGAGCUCAGCGAGCGGCACGCCUUCCAGAUGAGAGUGGACCCGGCCAACUUCAAGAUCCUGUCCCACUGCGUUCUCGUGGUGAUCGCCAACAUGUUCCCUGCGGAAUUCACCCCUGAGGCCCACGUAGCCAUGGACAAAUUCCUGGGCAGCGUGUCCACGGCUCUCUCUGAGAGAUACCGCUGAGCUGCCCGCAGUGGGGAACGCGGUCUGGCACACACGACCAUGUAGUCCCAUGGUGAAAAGUGAAAGAAUA